CGUCAAAGUCUCUUGGAUUUACAAUUUAGAUCUAUAAUCUAUAGCGGUAUACCGUAUAUUAUCCUACUGUGAGAAAAAUGUAGCGAAACUUGCAUUUCCAAUUAUCAUUAAAUUUCUUUUUGUUGUGAAACCAGCGAGUUCAGUGAAGUUUGAAUGUAGUGUAGUACGGUAGUGACAAUCUUACAUUUAUUGAUUCAUUGUCGAAGAAAAUGACCCGAUAAAUAAUGUCUGUAUUGAAAAUAUCCCACUUUCUUCUUCAAGAGCUGCCUGAUAUAACAGAAAAAGUUGUUUUUCCCAUAAAAAAUAUUCAACGCAUAAAGUAUACAUGUUUUGAUGUUUCAAGAUCAUUAAUAUGCUUUGGAGCAACUAGUGGAGGGAUAUAUGUAUUUAGUAGAUGGCCAUGUGACUUUAUCCAGCUGAUCCCCAGCAAGGAUGGACCAAUUACUCGUCUGGCUAUAUCCCCUGAUGAGAAACAUAUUGGCUUUGCAAAUGGCAAAGGUUUAGUGCUUGUGACCGAGUGCGAUCAAACUCUUAGCCGAAGCUACUCCAGCGCGUCAUCGAAGGAGCACAGUGGCAAUGAAGUAACUGCAUUGUGCUGGAGUCAUAAUAUGUUGUUUAUUGGUGAUGAUGUUGGUAAAAUAUCAGUUUUGCAGUUGCAAAGCUUUAUUGCCAAAACAAUGUUCCAUAGUUCCACACAAACUAUAAUGAGCUUGGAUUCGAGAAUUUGCCAGCUUGAUUCAAGGGGCUGCAUGUUACUCAUAUCAACGUUGACUAGAUGUUAUAUCUGUAACACGGCUCAGGAACAAUACAGGCAAAUUGGCCAGAAGCUUCGAGAUGGGGAAUUUGGUGCCUGUUUUGUAACUAGUGAAAGUUCAUCAACGAAUGGAAACUCUGAUUACAAACCAGACAUGAUUGAUACUAAAAAAUAUAGUAUUGUUGAUGACGAAGAUGGGUUUAUUGUUGGCGAUGAGUUUUCCAAUACCCUUAUUUACUGUGCCAGACCAUCAUCAAGGCUGUGGGAAGCAACUGUUGAUGGAAUGGUCCGGAGAACACAUCAAUUCAAGCAAGUGCUAACAAAAGCUCCGAUGACAGUAAUAACCCAAGAAUCAUAUGAAAAUCAAAAUGUUACUAUUGAAAGUGCUUCAAAUAAUACUGAAGGAUCAUCAAUUAACUUUUCAAAAACCUACUCAAUGAGUGAUGCAAUUUUUUCAUAUAAUAGACAAGCUUUAUACUUUUUAAAUGUACUUGAUGUUGAUGAUACAGUGUGGUACAAUAAGUAUACAGAUAUUGUUGAAUGUAAAAUUUAUAAGGAUAUGCUUUAUAUUUGGCUACAAAGUGGAGCAUUUGUUAGCCUCAAAUUUAUGAAAUUAGAUAAGUUUCUAGUCAAAUGCUUUUUAGAUGAAAAAUAUAAUUUGUGUGCUGAAUUGUGUGUCUUAUACAAAGAUUAUUUAUUGGCUCACAACUUAUCUACGAAAAUGCAUAUCUUACUUGGAUUAAAGGAAAAACUUGAAAAUAAUGCAGUUAUAUCAAAAAUAGCUGAUGUUUUAGAUAAAUUAGAAAAGCUAAAGUCUAUUGACGCAACACAGCUAAAAUCUGGAAUAUAUGUAGUUGAUAAUACAUAUCACACACAGUCAAUUAUAGAUGAUCAUUUUGAUCCUAAACACAGUGAUGAGAAUUUGUUUAAUUCACUGUCUCCUGAGGCAUUACAAGCAUUAAAAGGCCUAAGUGAAACUGUUUCUGGUAAAUUUAAUACUAGUAAAAAGAUUUUGAAGGAAAAAUGGGAUGAUUUCGAAGAAAAAAUUAAGCAAUUUGGAGAUACUAAUGACGUGACGAUAAUCAAACAACAUAAUGAUUAUUCGCCCACAUGGAUUUCUAAAGAUGAAUAUGCAUUAGGAGAUACACCGAAUGUGGUGGAUGAUGACAUAAUAUUUAAAGAAUCUAGUCAAGAAAGCAUUGAAGUAGACAAUAAUGUAGAUGAUAAAGGGAAAGAAGAUAGAAUUUGUAGAGCUUUAUAUCAAUAUUCUAGACUAAGCCUAGUUAAUAAGGAGACAGAAAUAUCGGAUUUAUCCUCGAUAAUCGAGGUCUACAGCUGUGAUAUUAAAGAUAUAUAUGAACUCAUGAUAUUACUAGAACAAUAUUGUAUAAAUAUAGGAGCAGUAGCCGACUCAAAGUAUGUUCCAAAUAAUAUUUUCCUAUCCUAUUUAAACACAUCGGCGCGUAAACAUGAGCUUUUAGAAUUUGUAAUAAAUGACGAAGUUUUGUACAAGUAUUUUGUAGAAUCUUGCAUAUCUGUUAAUGUGAAGACUCAGAAGUUAAUGAAUAUUGGAUGUUCAUGUGGUUAUCCCUUACCAUAUGUGAGGUCAAGUCAAAUGCCAGUCUUUUUCGAAUUGAUUGAUGAAUUUGUAGAGAUGCAGUGGUCGAGUCAGACUAAAGAACAAUGUUAUGAAAUGUGUAAACAAAUGCCAUAUUUAUGGAGAAAGAUACUGUAUCUACGACGGAAUGAAGAUCUUCUACAUGUUUUAAGAAUACUUUUACAAAUGUUAGAUGAGACUCUGUUGCAUUCCUUCCUGCCUCAAUUCACUUUGGAUACGUGGGAUCGUGCGUUACAAUUAUAUGCGACACUACAUGCAGAUAUGUGUCUUAACUGUGCCAAGAAAUUUGAGAAUAUAUCCGUUAAGGAUAUGUUAAGUUGGGACGACAUGGGAUCACUUAUUAUAAAGUCGAUUGGUGGUAGGAACGCCAUCAGUAUAAUGCAGAAACAUUCUAAUUUGAUUGAGAGAGGCGCAAUAACCAUGAAGUUUUAUCAUUGUUGCCUCUUAGUGUGUCUGUUUGAGAAAUAUGAUGUAACAAUCACAGUGCCGUUGGUCAAUACUAUUUACAGUGCAUAUGAUUUCGAACAAUCAAGGGAAGAGAUACGCUCAAUUCUCCUAAAUUCUGCAAAUGGACAUUUAAAAAACACAGCCCUUCCGCUGCUUGUGGGAGCUACUUCAACACAUUGGGGCCUUCCACACGUAUACGAUAAGAUCAGAACGAAGAGAAGUGUACAAUUAGAUGAUGUUUUAGAUAUUUUGGCUGAACACAAUAAUACCAUGGACUGUUCAUUGUGUGGCUUGCCGUUACAAAAUGAUUUCCUUAUCAAAGAUGGCGGCCUGUGGAUAUUUAAGUGUGGCCACAUCUUCCAUGGAGCUUGUUUGAACUUGAAUAAAGUUAAAUUAUGUCCAUCAUGUAUUAUAUCUUGAGUAUACUGUCAAUACAUUAUUAGUUAACAACAACAUGUCUAUCUAUGAACCCAUUAUGAAUGUAUUGGUCAAAAUACGUUUCUUAUUGCAACAUCAAUGUCUGGGGUUGUUAUUACAAUUUUUAAGUUGUAUCUAGGUUUUUCUAAUUUGGCAUGUACCGAAUGCUUUGUCAACUAACUUCUACAACUUACUGAACAUGUUUUAAAUUAAGAUUAGGCAUCAUAUUUAUUAUAGUUAACAUAGUCCGGCUCAACAUCAUUAUACAAGCUCUGUUGUUGCCCUAACUAUGCUUUUAUUAAAAUAAAAGAUUAAGGCUGGGCUGCAUCAUAUUAGCUGUUAUAGAUAAGAUUUAUGUAAAAUUUAACAGUAACGCUGACUUUAACAUAGACUACGGAAUGUGUUGCACCAUCGUAUUGCAUAAAAGUUAACCAUGGCAUAGAAGUUGAAAAGAGAAAUAUUUAGUCAAUAAAGAAUGUAUUUUAUUUCAAUCUUUUUCAGGUCACUAUUUAAUAUUAACAAUAUCUUUAACCGGCGGAGAUAAGAUGGUUAUGGUUAACAGUUAAAGUUAUGACGCCAUCUAAAAAUGGUCAAAUAGUGCAUCACAUUUAAUGAUUAUCCGAUACUUUAACAUGUUUGUUAUUACUAAAGUUAUUUGAUAUAAAAACCAGCCUAAUAUUUAAUUAGUUAGUUAUAACAAUAGGUCAGACUAUAUUUAAUAAUUAAUAUUUUAGAUGAUAGUACACCGCCUAUGUAUUAUAAAAGUAUAAUAAAUUAUCUCAAAUUAAUAAUCUCAUUUUUGAUGGCGUAACAAAACAAAAUAAAACAGCACUUCGAUAUCUCAGUUCUAAAGUGUAAAAAGUCGGAAAUUCAGUAAGUUUGAGAUACGUAACAGAAAUUGUUCCAUAAACGAUAAUCCAACAUUACUAAAGAGAAACAAGUUGAUAAGUGAAUGCAGUUGUUACUUCCAUUUCUUCAUAAGUCUAUAUAGGGGUGUUGGUGUCAAAUUAAACUGGUUCUUAUAGCUAUGAACAGAAGGAUUUGUAAAUAUUACAAUAUUUACAUUUAAAUAACUGAUCUCAAUAAUUUAUCUUAUUCUUAUGAAUAAUUAUUAUAAAAUUAGCAGAACCCGUGCUAUAUCAAUAAACGCGGGCAGUAGGUACACAGCUCGAGUGGCCACGUAUCCAAAUCCAUUUAAAUUUUUCGUUGUGUAUCGUAAGGCCUGCGCAGAUAUCGCGCUGCGCAUGCGCCGGCGCAGUACCGACUUGAGACGAAACACGAAACAGCUGAGUAGUGAAUGAGUCAGUGUGUGCGACACGCGUGACAAUGACAGUCGUGUCCCGAGGCAACACAGAUUACGACACUUAAUCAUCACAUCUAGAAUAUUUUAAUUUCAAUUAAUAACAACUCAAGUUGUUUUCUUUUGGAACCCUUUCCUGAAUCUCCUCUUUGGAACUGAGCUCUCGAUUUGUACUUCUGUAUCAGUCAUGUCUAUAUUUAAGACUAACGUUUUUUACUUCAUACGCACAGUGAAUAGUAAUUGAAUGAACAAUAGUUUAUUGUCACAUUUAGAUAUUACCUGGAAAUAUAUUUCCAAUUCCAUAAUCAGUUCUAUUAAAGCUAACUUCAAAUGUCGUUUGUCAACUGCUGUCAAAAUGUGAAUUUGUUGUUUUUGUCCGUUUUAGUGCCUUGUAACUUAAAUACCUAUAAGCCUUCGAAAGUAAAAUGGCGGCCACUUUAUAAGACCCCCAGACGCGGCGCUGAUGUUUGGCAAUGGAUUGCCACCAUAAUAUUAUAUUUGUACCCCUCUCUCUCUCUCUGAGGUCGGACCCACAAGUCUGAGAAACGUGGUCAGUAUAAUGGCUGCAUCUGGAGCAGUUGAUCUGCCUACACCCGAUUCUGUCCAUCACGUCUCUUUUUGCGAUCACGCGAUCUUUUUCCUUCUGUCUUUCCAACCACAUUUAUCCCAAACUUUGUUUGAAUGCCUCAUACUUUGUUUGCAUAUGUUGCAACCGUGUUGGACAAGCGUGUUUUUAUUCUGAGCUGGUUCAGGAUCGAUGCAUUGGUGCGUUUCCUCGUCCAAGGUAUUCUUUACAUUCGUCAUCAACACCACAUAUCGAAUACAUCACCUAUGCCUUUCUGGGCUCAAGAUUGCCCUCGUUUGUAACCCUAAUGCCGGCAAAAUCAAAAAUAAAAUUUAGUGUUGGUGUAAGAAAAUACUCGCCCCUUUGAUGCACUAUUUACCUUUAUAUGGCGAAUGAAACGUUUUAGACUAGUACAAACUUAAUCACCCUGUGCUAAUGGGUUGGUAUCCUGUCAUAUUUAGUUUCUCGAAAAGCCGCGGGACUUCUUUCGUGACGACGACUUUAAUAUCUUAUUUAACGUUAUCAUCCGAUUUUGUAUCCGAUGUAUAAAAACGAAGUAUUUUAUAGUGGAGUAAAAAUUUUUAUGUAAUUUAAAUGUAAUAAUAUAACAAAUACUACUCGCGAUUAAUAGGUUUAAACGAGAGAGUAUUAUAUUGACGAUGGCGUCACUAGACAUGUGUAACAGUGAUUUGAUAUAAUGUAAAAUAUAACUCUCUAAAACAAAUCGACUACACCGACGUAACUGUAAGUUUGCGCUUAGAUGGGGGCGCUCCUUACAUUCUUCAACACAGUCUAAAACCAUUAAGAGCCACUGUACUCUAUUCUAUUUCGACGAGUAUUAUCGUAGGAUGACCUCAGCAACGCACCACAAUAAAAAUACUAAAUGAAUGAAAAAUAUUUUACUAUCUUUUUCCAGAAAUCUCACACAAGCGAUAUCCAGGUGCGCGUCACAAUUGGAUAGUCCGACAUUUUGUUUUUACGUUUUAAAGUAAUUCAUGUCGUUUUCGAGUUGUCAAAUCUGUUAAUAUUGUGAGAUGUAUUUGAAAGAAGCUUGUCCAUUAUGCGGCAAAUGUAAGACUUGUGGCGCAAAGUUAUUAUUGAUAUUCCAAGUGCUGAAAAUAAAGCGUAACAUGGCAAAAACAUAUCAUAUACACUGAUAAAAAAAUACAAAAUUAAAAUAUUAAGUAAGUUAAAGUCGGUUUAUAAUAAAGCUGUAUUAUUGAGUAGUGUUCAUCCGCUUUUCAUCAUAGUAUUACAUGGCAGAUUACACGAAAAAACUAAAAAUCUGAAAAAUAAUAGAUACGAAAGAAAUAACUUACCCAGCUUCUGUACCUUUCUCUACCCCAAGUUAGCAAUCGAAUCGUGCGUUCACUUACUACAAGUCGAUAGCGAGUAAACAUGAAUCGGAUAGUUUUCGGUGGAAUUCGUAAGACAUACGACAAGCUCGUACGAAGCCAUCAUUAUGUUCUACCAAAUGUUAAAUAUUUCUACUACUAUGAAAACGGUUCUCUUUGAUCUAUUGUAUGCUUGUUGUUAACGCAAACAAUCGUCAAUAUUUUGCUGAACACACAUCUCCCAACUGACGUUCAAUCUUGUUACGAGAAUACUCAUCAUACGAUUUCUCUCAAUACGAACAACCUGAACUGAACCGUGAUAAGGUUGUUUCGAUCCUGUUGUUUUGUUACGCGAACAGGGCUACUGAUAGUUAAUGAUACGUCCCGAUCAUUACAAUGCAGUGUCGAUUCUUGAAAAAGUUAGAAUUCUAAAUAACAUCGCAAUUGCGCUCGUCACCUUCAGUAAUAAGAUGUUGAGUCUCGUUCGCCUCGUAAUUUCGAUUCGCUACAGCUCGCUUCACACAGAAACAAAUUGUGCUUGAACACUACUCUGCAUUGCACGUGGUCAAAUGGAUCGAGAUAUUGGGGUGCACCAGUUAAUAUCGAACAAUUAAAUUAAUUAUUGAAUAGUCUGAGGGUCUUCGCACUAUUCCCAGUUGGUGGUAUCAUUAAUGUAGUCAUUUAUGCUAUAGUAACCUUUAUAAACAAACAUUUUUUAACAAUUCAUUUGAACGUUUUGUACAUUUUCUGGGAUCAUGUUGUAAAAACAUACGAGGGGAGGCUGAUAAGUAAUCUACCUAACUAUGAAAGAAAAGACUUUGAUGGCUAGUUUAUUUUUCUAUAUAGUCUCCUGCAAGUGAAAUACACUUAUGACAUUUGCAAAUAAGGGACAUCAUGCCGUUAUAAUAGUAAUUUUUAUUUUGUUCGUCAAAAUGGUCAGUCACAGCCUCCUUCAUUUCUUCGUCCGUCGAAAAUCUGCGACCCCUCAAUUUUUUCUUUAAAUCUUUGAAUAAGAAAUAGUCACAGGGAGCCAGAUCUGGACUAUAAGGUGGAUGGUUAAUUUCUGUGAAGCCGUUUUUGCUCAGGGCUGACCUCGCCGUUAAGGCUGUGUGUACAGGAGCAUUGUCUUGUAAAAUCAGAACACCUUUGCUGAGUUUGCCUCUCCGCUUUUCUUUGAUUUGUUCACGAAGCUGGUCAAGCAAGUUUGCAUAAUAUUCAGCAUUCAUUGUUGUAUUUUUAGGCAAAUAAUCUAUCAUCAAAAUCCCUUCGACAUCCCAAAAUACGGUGGCCAUUAGUUUUCCAGCCGACGGCCGAACCUUGAACUUCCUUGGCGGCUUUUCUCCUUUAAAUUUCCAUUGCAUUGACUCUUGUUUGCUUUCCGGAUCCCACUGGCGAAUCCAAGUUUCAUCACAGGUCACAAUUCGACAGAUAGUCUCUUCUUCUUUACCUUUGACCAGGUCUAGAAAUGCCUGACAACAUUCUACUCGCCUUUGUUUGUCAAAGGGGGUCAACAUUCUAGGGACCCAACGCGCGCUCACCUUGGACAUGCCCAAAUGUUCGUGAAUAAUUUCAUGAACUCGUUCCUUGCUAAUGCCCACAUCUCUGGCUAUCUCCCACUGCUUGAUUCGCCGAUCUGCAAGAAUCAGGUUCUUCACCUUUUCAACAUUAUCUGCGGUAACAGCAGAAAUUGGCCUUCCACUACGUGGGUCGUCUUCCAGGCUCUCACGGCCAUGUUUAAAUUGCUUCGACCAAAAUUUUAUGACGAAUUCAGAAGGACUUGAAUCACCAAACACCUUUAACAUGCGCUCUCUGAUCUGCGUAGGCGUAUUUCCUUCUUUACUUAGGAAUUUAAUCACUGCUCGAUGCUCAAAUUUCAUCAUUUUACAAUUUUCUUUCGACAUGGUGAAAUCAAAGCCGCGCCAAAAAAACAAAAGCAAGCGAAAACAAAUAAGCGUCAUAAUUUUGAAAAAGGAAUAAAUAUAGAAUAUGAUUUUGCAGUGGCCAGUUCGAUUUUCAAAACUUUCUUUAACAAAGUAGAUUUUAUAUCAGCCACCCCUCGUACCUAUAUGUCACCCAAUAAAAUACUUACUAACUCUACUAACCGCUUGCUUCCCGCCUGCGCCAUUCUGCGUGUUAAUUUAUCGUUUUACUUUUUGAUUUUGUAAAAUACACCCUUUCUUUAGAGGUCACUUACAUUAUUUGAGGAAACUUUCUGCAAUUUUUUUAUUUUGUAGCUCCACCGCUUUCGGCUUUACACUGUUAAACUCGGUUAUACGUGAUAGGUUCAUAUUCCACAAUUUGGUAAGAUUUCAAUAACAUCAAAAGCGAGAAAGUACUUCAAAGCGAAUUUGGUACCCUUAUCUUCGCCUAUUAAAACCCCGCGAUGAUCCCCAAACUUAGUAAAACAAUUACUUAAGAGUACCAAAUGUAGGCGAGUCUUAAGUUCUCACAAAUAACGCGGCAGAAAAAGGCACCAAGUUAGUAAAUAUACACAUGUAACUUACUGUAUUUUGCACAGCCAUAAGUAAUAUAUAAUCUAUAUUUAUGAGAUUUCCACUGAUGUAUUGACUCAUCACGAUAUCUCCAUAAGGCGAAGAGUCUUGAAAUGUGGUAGAAAUAUUACUUGCGUCUAGUAGAGGUCAGCUCAGAACGGAUUUUACGAAGUUUUAUUGUCAACAGAACAACGUCCGUCGGGUCGACUAGUAUCUAAUAUUAACCUAAUAUUGUAACUUAUGGAGCACUAACCAAAUAUAUGUAACAUUAACUAUGUAGUUACUGUUUAACGAUAAGAUUGUAAGUAGUAUCUAUAGGUAAAUGUAUUUUUGUAAAUUAUUUCGACAUCUGUAGUACUAUCAUUCUUUAUUUAUAUUGUGUAUAUGGCAAUGCUCAAUAAAAUAUAUGUGUAUACCU